AUGAGCUCGAUCUCAGACUGCAUCCAAUCCAGCGAUAUCUACCGCGUUACACAGCUCUGGCGAGCGCGCCAACUCGAGUCAACUGCCCCAAUCCACUUUUCAGGCCGCGAAGCCACUUUCGUCAAUCGGGCAGGGAACGACAUUGCCAUACUCUCGUCCGAUGAAUUGCUUGCAGAAUAUGGGUCCGGCCGGCGGCAUAUCAAGCUCGCUCUUGUCUCAGCACUCGCCUUGAGGUGUCCCCAAUACCACUGGUCAAUGCUUUCUGUCCACUUGAAGUCCAUCGUUCAAUCCCUUGUUCACGAUGACUUCAUUGCUUCACUCGCCCGACGGGUGAACAUCCACGAAAUCACUAGGCGUGAAGACAUUCCUCCCACUCAACUCUUUUGCUUUCUCGUAGCGGCCGUUUGGAGGCUACAGUCCUACAAUAGACUUGCCGCACAAUCUUUCGUCAACGUCCUUUUUGCUAGCCUCCUCGAAGAACUUGAGAAUAUAUUCCUCGGUGGAAUCACAACCUGCCAAGUACCCUCCGUUGGCGACACUCAGAAAGAGGUGCAAUUUAUGCUUGACCGCAUGGUGCUGGCUUCCCAAGGCUGGACCCGUACGCGACUGCGUGAACUGCCUGACUUUCAACGCGCUAGCAACGCAUCCGGUCCGCGCAACCCAAAGAGACCCACAAGUAAGCAAAAUGCCAAAGUAUUGAAGACCAAGCGGAGUUCGUUACCCCACGGCAUACGCCAGACUACUCAUACCUUCCAGUUUUGCCGCACCAUCCAAACCCCUACCGUCAUCAGACCAGUGAAUCAACAAGGCCAAAUCCACAAGAUCAUCGAUGAGUUUUUUGCCCCUCCGCUAAACUGUCCUAUGCACCAAGGCCACGCCUGGCUUCAACCUGUUUCUCUUAUUGUUCAUGGGCAGCAACCUAUCAACCUUUCAGACAAGACACACUGGGAUCUCCUCCAGACUCUAGGUCGACAAGUUUUCGAAACGAUUGUCUCUGCAAUGGUAUUCGACAGGCAUUUUCCUAGAGCAGUUGGGACACUCGAUCCUGAGACGGUUAUCUUGGCCUUGACCUCGGACAUCACUUUCUUCCGUCUACUGGACAAGGCCGGAGUCUGUCCGGCAACAGUCAAGGUUGCAGCAUCAACGGCCGCCAAAGCCUUCAAGAUCUACGUGGGUGCUCUGUUCUGGACGGACUCGACACCAUUUUCUGGCAUCCAUGAAUGGCUGGGGCGACUGUUUACCCCUCUUAUUGAAGAAAUCAAGGCCCAGUUCACUGUCAAGGGUGUCGAAAGCAGAGGGAGAUUUGUGCCCCGGACGUUGGCUACAGGGACGAUGACAAGUUCUCAACGCGACAUCCUCACUCUGCUUUCUUCCGAAUUGAGCUCACGCAUCAUUUGUUUCCUCCCCUUACCUGCGAUUGCUGGCGCUGCUCUCGUCUCGAAAUCAUGGUUCACGUUGAUAUACGACAAUCCGCUCAUUUGGACCUCACUUCUUCAGUCUCACGACAUGUUCUGGGGUUCAGAGGCCGCCUUCCUGCGUGCUCAUAAAAAACUCCCAUUUCCACAUAUGUCCCUCUUCAAAUCCCGCUACUUGACCAAAGUUCGAUGGACAACCACGCAAAACCCAGCCCACUGUUGCUUCUUCGCUCAUAGAAGUAGUGUCGUCACCUCCCUCAUUCUUUCCAGAGGCCGUAUCAUUUCCGCCUCCGACGACCACUCAAUUCAAGUGCAUGAUCUCCUUUUGGGCCAGAAGACUCAUACAUUACAAGGCCACGAAGGCGGCGUAUGGGCACUUGCUGCAACCGGUGAUAUGCUUGUUUCGGGCUCGACCGACCGCACUGUGAGAAUUUGGGACUUGAUUUCUGGACUCUGCACCCAUGUUUUUGGUGGUCACAUAAGUACGGUGCGCUGUCUGUCGAUUGUUCACCCUGAAUGGAUCGAGAUGGACAAUGGCAGACGGGAGAAGUGGCCGAAAAGGGCGUUAAUUGUGACGGGGUCGAGGGACCAUACGUUAAGGGUGUGGACGCUUCCUAGACCCGACGACGCGCCGUAUUCUUGUUUUGACGAGGGUGAUCCAGAGGAUGCAGACGAUAACCCAUAUCAUCGCCAUCAUCUACAAGGACAUGACCACGCCGUUCGUGCACUUGCAGCCCGCGGCAGAACGCUUGUUUCCGGCUCCUACGACUCAACUGUCCGUGUAUGGGACCUCGUUAGUGGCGAAUGUCGUUGGGUGCUUGCUGGUCACACUCAGAAAGUUUACAGUGUCGUUCUUGACCCAAAGCGAGACCAAGCCUGCUCCGGCUCUAUGGAUGGGACUGUUCGUAUUUGGGACUUGAAGACAGGGCAUUGUGUUCAUACUUUGACGGGUCAUACCUCACUUGUCGGUCUUCUCCAACUCUCGCCGCAAACACUGGUCAGCGCUUCUGCCGACGCGACUCUUUGUGUGUGGAAUCCUACAACCGGCGCCUUGCGUCACAAACUUUCUGCACAAACUGGCGCUAUUACAUGCCUCCAGCAUGACGAAUUCAAGGUCGUCAGCGGCAGUGAUGGAACUCUCAAGAUGUGGAAUAUCCGCGACGGAAGCGUGACGCGCGACUUGCUGACUGGGGUGACUGGUGUCUGGGAAGUAGUAUUUGAGGGCCGAUGGUGUGUUGCAGCGAGCAAUCAGACGAGAGGGGGGACUGUCCAGACCGUGUUAGAUGUCUGGGACUUUGCGGCUGAGGGUGAAGACUGGGUAGCAGAGCCGUCUGGGGGCGUUUAUGAUGAGGGAAGCGACAGCGGUGAGGGUGGAGAGGACGAACCUCAACCAAAAGAGGAAGCGAAUUUGUAG